AUGGUCCGAAGCAUGGUAUCAUGUGAAAGGUGCAGGCAGCGUAAAGCAAGAUGCGGCCGCCAAUUACCGGCUUGUGAACGAUGCGAGAGCGCACAUGUCGGUUGUGAUUAUACAGGUCGUCGGAAACCGGGGUUUCCAGCUGGCCAUCGACAAGAGCUUGAAGACAAGAUUGAGAAACUGGAAGCAGAGUUGCGCGCUCUUCGCAGUACCUCGGGAACCAACAGCUCCAGUCAAGCCGUUGUACCAGUGGCCCAACAAAUAUCGCCACUCUCGUCUUCAAUCUCUCCCGCGCAACAGAUUGCAGCUCCAACAUUUGAGCGUACUCGCAGGGUCAAAGAAUGUCGCCCUCCCGCUGACCUCGUCGUCUCUCUAUCGUCUUUAUACUUUCGUCACAUCCAUCCUUGGUUCCCAUUCCUCGAUGUACAACGCGUCUUCACUGAUCUCGGUUCCACGGAUGAACCAUCUAUGCUUCACCACGCUCUCUUCGGAGUUGCGUUGCCGUACUCUUUCGACUCUCGUUUGGAUCAGAUCUCAAGCGACUCGUUUUGGAAGUACUCCAAGCGCAAAAUCUUUGUCGAUGUUCUCGAAGAGCCCUCUUAUAGCUCUCUAGAAAUAGUGGCUGUUCUUAUCCUGGAUCUUUCUAGUAUGACACAUAGUGCACAAGUCUCUGGUCCUCUAGCUGUCGCUACGAGGCUGGCGGUCCAACUGAGAAACACCGACGGUCUAGUUUUCAGAACGUCAGCCGAGUCUGAGACGCAUGCAACGCUGAGUAAAAGGGAAGUCAUCUUCAGACAGCGAUUGUUCUGGGCCCUCUACGCACUCGACUCAACUAUCUGUAUCACCACCAAUUGUAUCUCAACAUUGAGUGACAUUCAUGUCCAGCAUUUUCUACCAACCCGCGAUGCAAUCUGGCGAGACAGCUUGCCUGAAUUGGGCGAGUCAGCCAUGACGCCUGCCUUCAUCUUCAGCUAUCAGCUAGAACUUUAUGACUUGGCUCGAGCAGUGCAUAGAGUUGCAAUGAACUAUACUGAUUUCUGCAACGGCCAUGAUACAGAGCCUUCUUGGCAGCAAGAAUUUGAAGCAGCUUCCUCGAAGCUUGACGUUUGGAUCAGUUCCAUACCGCCUGAGCUCCUGUGGAAUGAACGAGAUGGCGCUGUUAGCAAUGUUCAUAAGGCUACACAUCCAGCGGUCUUGAUGCUGAACGGCUAUUUUCACGCACUGAUGAUAUAUCUGAAUGGCUACAUCGCCACGCCAGCACAGGAUAUCGUCAAUCUAGAAACAGAUCCUGAGCGUCAUCAGCGAUCUCAAGAACGCUGUCUUUCUAGUAGUAGAAUCGUGGCCGAGAUCGUCGCUAAAGCUGGUCUACAGGCAGUCGACAAGCUUGGAUGGCCCUUUGCAUGGUCUGUAUGGGUUGCUGCUCGCUUCCUGAUCUCGCAGAGGUAUAACACAAGUCAAGAUGAGCCAGAAAUAAGAGACAGAAUAUCUGUCUUGUCGCAAUUUCUUGAUCGAAUGAGCCGCUUCUCGCAGAUUAGCGCCACCUACGCUCGGCUCCUCCAUCAAAGUCUUUCCGAGAUUGAAACUAGCGGUAUGGAAAGUGGCGCUACUACAAAACAAAACACUGUUCUCCACCUGGUCUCUGACUGGCGGGUCCCAACGUCUCGUUUAGAAGAUCAUGCUCGCUCAGAUCCCAUGCUACACGCUGUUGAGAGUCCGAGUCUGACAGACAAUAGCACAAACUACACAGAUAUCCAGCCAUUCAAUCCAUUGCUCCCAGUCUUUUCCAACGAUGAUUGGAUGGACAUAUCUCAAAGCAGUCCAGAUAAUUGGUUUCGUGGUCCUUUAUUUGCUGCCUCUGCAUAUCAGAAUUUCAACGAGACACGGUCGAAUUAA